AAUCUCAGUUCUCUCGAGCUCGCGGCUAAGCGCUUACACACUCGGCGAGCUGUACUGCACUACUGUGAUACCGAUUUUUUUCGGAGACAUCACAAGCCUGCCGCUCGGAACUGAAAAGCCGUAGACGAAGUCUGAGAAACUAGUUCUUGGAAUUAUCUGAAGACACUGGGUUGGUGAUCCUUUGGAACAAGUCUGAAGGUACCAAUCGAGAACUUGACCUAGGAGAAGGAAUCGAGUGCAAGUGAACGAAGAGUUCAGGCUCGCCAACAUCAUGCAUCACCGAACGUGUUUUGUUGUUUCUGUUAUUGUCGUGGUUGUGUUGUCGUGCACAUCGGCUGCCCCCACGCUGACCGCCUUCACCAAACCUGAAAAGUCUCGGGUACCUUUCUGGCAUAUGCCAUGCGGAGGUGACAACGAGGUGGAGAUCCUGGACCCCAAGAAUCUGGACGAGGAGAUCACGGCGAAUCUAAAGAAACUGAGGAUUCAGCAUGGUCUCAUGAUGAACGAUUAUCUCAGCAGAGAUUACGAAUUUCUCUACGAGAGAGUCAGGAUCGGAGUUCACGAGCACCAGUACAUCCCGAACUGGUUGCCCGGCAAGAAGGACGUGCACACCGUCAGAAGGCUCAAGCACGCGUCUCCUCAACUGAUCGCCAACCACCUGCCAAAGCUCCACUCGGACUUGCAGAAGUUCGCUGUCGCCAUCGAGGAGAUGGUCGAGGACGAGACGUUCACCCCGAAGAUUCAGGAAGCUCUCAGCGCAACCCAGUCCUACCUGAAAAUGAUGCUAUGCGAGGUUGAGAGCAGUAUCCUCUCGCUGCCAGUGCUGCAUCUGCCCUCUCGACUCGAGCGCGAUAUCAUGAUCGAGAUCGAGCGCGAGCCGGUCGAUGACACGAGGAGGCUCGUCAGGGACUGGGGCGUACUCCUGAAGUACAAGGACUACCUGCACGCGUGGAGACACGUGUUCGACUAUUAAGGACAUCAGUGAAGUAGGAGAGCAUACGAGGUGAAGUGAUUGCUGGGGGGUUUUCGUCGUAGGCGGAGAGGAAAGUUUUAAAGAAGUAGGCUAGCUUAGAUACCGCGAAUUUUAUCGGAUUCGCGGGGAGUCACUUUUACCUCCUGCAAUCACUUUGCGAUGUUAGAACCAAAUGGAAGUUUGUACAUACGAUAGUAUUUUUAUAGACGAUUUUCAUGGGAAUUUCGAGGAUGAAGUUAGGCUGCAUAUCCGAAUACUAUUUUCUGCAUUAACACAACAGCUACAAUCACAGCGAUGCUCCAUUCAACCAUCUGAUCAACAGUCGAUGACAGCUUCGAAGCACUAAUCUAAUUUCAAAAGGUCUCUCUAUUAUAUUCAGCCAAACGCCAUAAUCCCAUUCUUAGCCAAAGUGAAGUGAAAUCGCGCAUUAAUUAGGAACGUCGUCGCGAGCGCGAUAAUGCAACUUUGAGAAGUCGUAGGAUUACGCGACUUAGAUAGGUGCAAAUUGUUUUUACACACAAAGAGCGCUGACGUACCGAGUGUGUGCAUUGCGGAUUAUAAUUUUAACUGCAUCGCGGGGAAAACCCUUUACUAUCGUCGUUGCAGCUUUAGAAAAAAUGUUUGUCUUGCCGCGCGGUAAUAAAAACGUGUAUGAUUUAUUUAUUUAUUGCCCGACACGCAUGUCGGGCGUACUUUUGUGAUGAACGAAUGUCCUCUGUGGUCUUUUUUAUUAUUAUUGUUUAUGACGAGUAAAUUAUUUAUUUAUGACGAUGGAAGAAACUUAGGCACGUAGUAUUUAUUGUAUAAGAUGCAUAUUUUUGUAAAGCUUGUUUAGGGUUAGUAUUUAUUAUUGUUUUGUAAGUGAAUGUCUGAAAUGAAUUUUCUCGAAUAAUGAAUAACAGUCGGCUGAUACCAGUUGACAUUUUUUUUAUUGUAUGAGUUGUAUUUUAUUUUUUUAGCAAGUUGUUUGCUUUGCCGAAAAAUUGUAAUACUGAUGUAUGACAGCUCCACUGUUAUUCGCGUAUAUUUGACAGUCAAGUCAUGUACAUAAUUGCGUUGCUUAAUUUGUGACGCGCAGUAUUAUACACGACUAUGUAUUUGUUCCUGUCUACUUAAUUAUAACGUAUUUAUUUGAAACUAGGAUUAAGCGAUUUGUUAAAUUUUAUACAACGUUUCUAAAAUAUAAGAAAAUUUUACUACAAACA